GUGAUCAAGAACUUAAAGGGUGUCAAAUCUAUUUGGAAAAUUGAGAACUACACAAGAAAAUACAAGCUUCUCUAUACUUUUAUGACUAGUUGUAAUUUUUUUUUUAUUACUAAAACCUCUAAUUUUACGGCCUAUAAUAUGACUAAAUGAACUUUUGCCAACAAUGUUUCCGGUACGAUAGAGGUUCGAAUAUUAUCUUUUGUAAUAAUUAUGAGAUCCGACUCUUUUUUUCUAUUAUAUAAACGCUUUUAUUAAAAAAAAUAUAAAAAAAAAAUUAGAGUCCUUUACCCGGCAAAAAGAAAAAAGAAAAAGUAAAGGUCCCUUUUUAAUUAAAAAGCUCAGAUAAUUUUAGUGCGUCUAAUCUUGGCUAUAUAGUAUAUUAUUGCAGCUCCUAAUCAAACACAGCUAAAGAUUGAAAACCUAAACUAAACAGUAACAAAAUAAGAUUAUGGCAGAAAUAGUUAAGCUUUAUGGUCUUAGGGCAAGCCGUUUCAGUAACAGAAUAAACAUAGCUCUGCAACUCAAAGGUGUUGAAUACAAAUACUAUGAAGAAGAUCUGAAGAACAAGAGUGCUUCCCUCAUCAAAUACAACCCAAUUCACAAAAAAGUCCCUACCUUUGUCCACAACGAAAACCCCAUAGCAGAGUCACUUGUAAUUCUUGAAUACAUCGAUGAGACAUGGAAGACUCACCCCAUCUUGCCUCAACACCCUUACGAAAGAGCUCAAGCCCGUUUCUGGUGUCGGUUCAUGGAUGACAAGGUUAUGGCUGCUGCAUGGAAAGCAUUCUUUGUUAAGGAGGAGCAAAAACAAGGAUUGGAAGAAGUAAAUGAGUAUCUAGAGAUUCUAGAGAAAGAGUUGAAAGGUAAGUACUUUGGAGGUGAUAACAUUGGAAUGGUAGACAUUACAGGAAACUUCAUAGUCCGUUGGAUCCCAGCUAUACAAGAGCUUAUGGGAGUAGAGAUAUUUACAGAGGCAAAGUUUCCCAAGCUUGGUAAAUGGAGCCAUGAUUUUGCUACUCAUCCUGUGGUUAAGGAAGUAUUGCCUUCUAAAGAAGAACUCAUUGUUGCCUUCAAGCGUUUUUUGAACAUCACCAACUAAAGAAAAUGAUCAUUAUAUAUAUCAUAUCAUAAUAAAUAAUGAAUACACUGGAUGUUGUUGGUGUUCCUUUUAUAAUUAAGCUGCAUUGUUUCUCUAAAUAUUUACUUUUGUUUGUAAUAAGGGAUAUAAUUUCUAAUAUGUAUUCCAAGUUUAUUAAGAGUGUCAUGUGAAAAAUAUGACUAAAA